AACAACCGAAAAAUGAACAAGGAUAAAGAAGUGAAAGCCCAACCAUCCGCCCGCUGGAACGGGGAGACGAGCUUUUGUUGACAAGGUAAGGAGGGACGGAAGCAUGCCGUCCUCGUCACUCCUCUCGUUCUUGGAGGCUCCCGUCCACCCCCCGUCCCAUCCCAAUGCGUUGAAGCACAAGAUCAGGACGCCAUCGAAAUAUCGAAACGUGACGGUUUUUAAUCAUAAUGGCCCGCUGAGCUUGUCAUGGAGUGAAGGAAAGAAGAAAGAGUUCAGUGGUAGCCAUUCUUCGCAAAUCCAGCAAGGGGCUCUACCUCUGGCUGUCACUAUUUCAGUUCUUCUCUGCUCAUUUCCAGCGAAAGCAGGAAUCCUCUCUGGCUUCUCAGGCCUUGAAUCGGUCCCGGGACCCCAGCUGCCUCAAGUUGAUUUUCUGGCGCGGUUAAACGAGGAAAAUCAAAAGAAGUAUGCUGACUUUGACGCAAGGUUUAAAUCUUCACCUUUGCUGAAAAAACUUCUGGAAAAGUCUAAGCUCAACAGAGAGAAAAACCGGCAACAAAUUCUGGAUAAGUAUUGUGAACGUGGAGCAGAAUGGGGUGUUGGUGAUUGUUCAACUGAAGGAAUGACGCCAGAAGAAAGGGAUGUGUUCAUCAAGACACUGAAGAAAAAUAGCACUGCUAGAUAAGCCAGGGUUUGUUUUUUCCUUCUUCUGUGAGUUUUUUUCUCUUGCAUCAGACUAUGCAAGUAACAACAUGAUUCCAAAUUUGUGAAAAAGCCGACCUUUCCCUUUUUGGUCAUAGGCUUUCAUCUAGGUUUUUCUAACCAUUCAUAUUUUGGCUGGUAGUUUACCGGAAUAUCAUUUGAAUGAAAACGAUAAACCUCUCUCUC